CAAAGCUGAAAUCAUCGAAAAAAAUCUCUCUAAAAAAAAAUAAACCUGGAAAAUGGUGUGGGAUACUCAAGAGUGUAGCAAUCAAGAUGAGGAUUUUGAACGGCCCAGCAGGACCCUGAUUCUGGUAAUCUUCACCCUCGCCGUGUGCCUCAAGUUGUUCAUCAUUCUGCUGGAGAUUAUGUCCUGAUGGAAUUACCUGCAAUGAGACGAGGGAAAAGGUCGUAAUUAGUUGCUGUUUUCUUUCAUUUUCCCUAUUUACAAAGAUACGUGUAAACAAAGAACUAUAAAAAACCGAAUCAGUUGGAUCAAAUGUUGAAGUGACUGCAGUUUUAGUUUGAUCUUUUCUUUCACAGGACUCAAAUUUCACGGCGGCUAGCUCUCAACCUUUCACAUCCUUUUCAUGUUGAAUACCCAAGGAUGGCCCAGAUGAAAUACGGACAACUGACAGAGACAAGGCGCCUCGGUUACUUGCAAACAAAUUGCCAACAAUUGAUGAAUGUCUGGUAAUGAGACGCGCCGCUCAACAUGGUCCAAAUAAAAUGGUUGGAAAAAACUUAAGCUAAACGCAACUAAAACUCUGUCAAAAGCGGCGAACGGGGAAGGGAAAGCGGAAAAACUCUAGGCGCCAGGCGGAGGAAAAUGGCCUUUUGUAUUGGGCCUAUAAAUAAAUAGGCUUUCCAAUAUAUAUACACACACUAACACACACACACAAUCGUGUAUUUGGUACACUGAAGCCAUUCGGAAAGCAAUCUGUGUAAAAGUAACGUAGUCAUUAAUCAUUAUCAUAUAAACAUC